AUGAAUCAUAUUCAGCAAGACCCAGAGCAUGCAAACAGCGCCGAAGCGCUCCCUUCACAGCCUUCAACCGAGCCAUCGCCUGCAGCAAAUGGCAAUGAAGCCCAAGUAUCCCAGCAACAACCCAGCGAAGCCGAACAGCCCAGGCCCAAACCAUUCUCAUGGCUCGACUCGCAUCCUGAAAUGGUCACCGUAGGCCUCGGCUCCAAAGACGCCACACAGUUCAAUGUGCACCGAGACCUCCUCACUAGUCGAAGCGAAUACUUCCGCAAUGUUUUCGAAGAGCGCGAGCGCAAGGGCAACAAAAGCCAGCCUCUGUUCAAUAUGCCCGAUACAUCAGUAGAGGUAUUUGGCCUGCUCCAAAAAUACCUGUAUACCGACCAAGUAGCGGCGGACGCUGGGCUGCCGCCGUCCUUCGAGAGCCUGAUCGAGCUGUGGAAGCUGAGUUACGUCCUCAAAAUCGAAGGCCUAGGAGAAAAGGCGCUGGAGGCGAUGAAGGAGCGGAGGCGAAUAUCACAGCAGAUCCCAUCAACACCACUGCUCAUAUUGGUUUGGCGGGAUUGCCCCCAAGGCUGUAACAUUCGCGAGCUCCUUCUCACAUGGGCUGCCGAGUACAUGCGGUCUUCUGAUUCGAAAGCCGAAUUUGCGCAAUCUCUACCCAAGUCUGUUCUUGCGGAGCUCGUUGUCACGAUGAGCACCUUUGACGACUCGCCUCUCCAAGAUGUUUACCCCCCUACCGACAUGCCAGCCCCGCCUCCACGAAAGAACGUUCACUAUCUCGACUCGCUCAGUGACGAGGAGGCUUUGAACAGUCUCAAGCGGUCCCGUCGCUCUGGGACGGAACCCUCGGCCCUCGCUCAAUGGGCAAAUGCAAAAGGUUUCUGGACACGUCUUGUCGGACCCUUCAAAGAACCAGUCAUGCCGGCAGAAGAUGGUGUGCCGGACUAUUUCGACAAGGUGAAACGGCCGAUGGAUCUCACCACCAUCAAGAUCAAGAUGGAUCGAAGAGAGUACGCAAACGAGGAAGAGUUCGUGACCGACAUGCGCCAGAUUUUCGAGAACUGCUUUGCCUACUGGAAGCGCGACACUCCAAUGUACCAGGCUGGGGAGAAGCUACAGAAGACAUUCGAGGAGAAGUACCGUGGCAUGAACAAAUGGAUCUCCAAGAUGGGAGGGGAGGAAGGCACUUGA